AUGGAGGUCUGGGCCGAGGUCCGACGGCAGUGCCGGGCGCUGCGCCUCGCCAAGAAGAAGACGGAUAAGAAGCGAGAGAUGGUCGCACUCGACAGCCUCCUCACGUCCAGUGCCCACCAGGCCGUGCUGCACCGGAGCGGCUGCUGGGGCUACGUCAUCGGCCAAAUCUUCAACGUCGUCGAGGAAGACCUCCUCGAGCUCACGAAGAAGACGAAGCGCAAGUCUGCGUCCAGCACCAUGGAGCUGCCCAACGUCAACGUGCUCUUCCACGCACUCGACAGCGCCCGCGGCGCCCUCCACGAAAACGCGCUCGGCGUCGACACGCUCAAGCGGCUCGGUGUCUUUGGCGAGCUUGGCAUCAACGACGAGGUCACGAUCGGGACGCCCGUCGAGCGCCACUGCUACACGCUCUUGGAGAAGCUCCUCUCGAUUCCAGCGUACACGCAGCGCCUCGACCCGACGCUGCUCAACGACGUCCUCGGGCGCGUCCUCACGCAUCUGCAUUUGGGCACGUCGGUCGCGCACCACGGCCACUGCGCGUCGAUUGCGCUACAUGGACUUUUCAAUGCGUGGUUUGGCACCAUGAACCAAGCGGCGACGUCGGUCGCACUCAACCUGCUGGCCUCUCUGGUCUUUCUCAUGGAGACAUACCCCACGGCCAUGGCGCCGCUUGUCGCCGAGACGACCGUGCUCUCGUUUGUGCAGCGCAUGCUGCCGCACCACCUCAAGGCGCUUCCACUCGAGGUCUCGGGCUUCUUACUGCAGUACUACCGGCUCGUGCCCGGCAGCGACGUCAAGCACAUGUGCAUGGCUCUGCUUGAUCCGACGACGAUGCACACGGUGUUUACGGCGGCGUUCUCGGUCGCGCGGCAGAGUGCGAUGACGUCGGUACCGUCGACGAUCGACGGCGUCUUGCUCGGCGACCGCGCGAUCGCGUGGUACAGCAUGACGGCCGACGCGAAAUCGGUUGCGACGGCAGCCAUUCAGAAGCGCCGGCGCACGACGACGGCGCUGGACUUGGUGCUGGAACGGAUCGGCGACACGGCGUCGGCGUCGCAAGGCUCGGGCACGGCGCCGACCAUGUACUCGCAACUGCGCGCAACGGCGUCCGUCGAGAGUGACGUCCGCCGCCUCCCGUGGCUCUUUGUACUGCUCGCGCUGAUCUCGCGCCACGGCCAUUGGUUCCAGGCCCACCGCCGGGACGUUCUCGUCGCAGUGGUCGACACACUCGUGACGACGCUUGACGUGGCCACCAUGGACGGCUACUGCAAGGACGUCACGUGCCAACUGCUCGUGCUUCUCGUCGUCCGGUCCGGUGACGCGGCGUCGUGGGUCACCGACGUCUUUACAAAGAUCGCGAUCGACGCAAGCCGCCGCAAGCCCAAAGAAUCGAUGCUGCAGCUGCUAGCGGUCUGCGUGGCCGGGCGAGUGCCAACGGCGGUCGUCGAAGCGCAGGCACCGGCGUUGCUGACCGUCGUGACGAGCCAUGUGCCGACGGUCUCGGCGGUGACGCUAGCCGUUGCGCUUUGGACCAUUGUCGAUACUGGCGUGUCCUCGGCGUCGAUGCGCACGCUGGUGCUGCAAGGCCUGCGCAUGCUCGCACCCGCUGCCAACGACGAGUCGGUCGUGCUUCUGCUACUCGGUGGCGCACUCGCAGCGCUCUGCGACGGCAUGCUACGCUGGGACGUCGCCACGUUCCUUGUGCCGGCGCUCAGCUCUCAGUUUGCCACCUGUGGCCUCGGCUACGCAUCACCAAAAGCUCUCGACGUGUGCAACCGUGCCCACAUCUUGCCGCACCUCGUCGAGAUGUACGCGAGCAUGCUGCCCGAGACACCGGCACCCGCGUCGCCCCGGCGCCUCCAGCUGCCAACAUUUGUUGCCGAAGAUAUUUUACGCCGGCCCGAAGCGUUCGUGGCGCAGCGGCGCGUCUCUGUCGUGCUGGUGCCCCACCGAAGCGUGUGCGUCGACAAGGACCACCUUAGCAGUCUUCAAAGCGAUCUCCACGCGCUCCUGCGUGAACACCUCUCGCUGCUGCCGUCGGCGAGCACCGAAGACAUUGCGCCGCUUUUGCACCGUCUUCUGGAGUUGGGAUUGGUCGUCGCGGCCGCCCUGGGGUUGUACGCUGGUCUCCAGCAGCACAUGGAAGCCUCGUCCUUGCUGGGUCAAGUCCUCUCGGCGACGACGAGCCGGCUCACGCACCUUCUCAAGCACGAACAGUACCACGAAGGGCUCUUCCAGAAGCUCUACUGCCUCCUGCUUUUGCUGCAAGGUGCCAACCUGCGCCAGCUCUCGGCAGCAAACGUGGAUGUCCCGGCGAUCACCAAGGUCAAGAUCCCGCCGUCCUGCCGCGUGGCUGCUCGCGAUCUGGUCGCGAUGUUGGAAACGUUCGUGCUGAGUGAAGCCGCCGCGCCCCUUCGCAGCGAUUUGGACGAUACGUCGUCGGACGACAUGAUCGCCGACGACGAUGUCGGCGGGUUUCAAGCCGACGCUUCGGGCUCAUCGGGCUCGGACGCCGCCUGCCGACUCUGGAGCCUCCGCAUUGUGCUGUUCUUGAAAAAGGCAGAGAGCAGCUGCCACUUGGUGCACACGGUCGUCCAACAAAACUACGUGCCCUGUACAAGCGCCUUGUUUCUCGUGCCACUAUUGUGCUUUCCGCUGACAACCGAAGGCGUCCGCGUCGGUCUGAGUCUCGUCAAGGGCUCGGCCAAGAUUGCACCCGAAGAUGCCAGCCGCAUGCUCCGUGUCCUUGGCCACCACGUGACCGAGUCCCUGCCGCCCGAGCUGCUCCAGGAUGUCGUGGCUGUCCUCGAGUACCUCAGGAAGAAGUUCAAGCACAACCGGAUCGUUCGUCGGCGCCUUGUGCAGUGCUACGAGGCAUGGUAUCUCGUCAACGUCGAUGCGUUUGCCGGCUUUGUCGAAUUCAACUUGCCGCACCUCGUCGACAGGGACGUGCGUGUCCGCAUCGCCAGUCUGCUCGCGCUCCGAACGCUCUACACCAAGUUUGAAGGUGUCCUCGCCAUCUACAAUGACAUUUUCGCGCACUUGCAAGAACACGAAGCCGACACGACGACGUUCAUCCUUGCCUGCUACGUCGCGGCGUGCGUGUGUCCGACGCUCUUGCCGCUCGUGCUCUCGCAGUACGUCGAGAACGGCCAAGACGACCCCCUCGUCGUCAAGUGCAUCCUCGCGCUGAGUGUCCACCACGAUUACGCGUCACCGAUGGCCAUGUGCGAGGACCAGCUUUGGGGCAUGCUGACGAGCUACCUCGGCCUCUUGCCGCGGCUUCAGCGCCCGGUAGAGAGCAGCGAGACGCCGUGGAUGCAACUCGGGCUGGGGCUCUUUGACGCGAACGUACCCUCUCUGGCGUGUGCGGUCGCGGCGACACCGUCACUGCGUCAACACCUCCUCCCGCUCCUCGUGCUACUGGACGUGGCCAACAGCACGGCUGACCACGUCGGGGCGCUUCGAGAGGUCGUUCCCGAUGUGCGCGUGCCAGACGAGAUGGCCGUCGGUGUCAAGGUCGUGGCGCACAUGCUGCUGGAGGUGCCCAUCACGACAUCGGUCGACGUGACGCCAAGCCUCUUUCGAUGCGUGUGUGAGAUGACGUUUGCGCUUCUCCGCGCCUGCCCCGAGCUCGCGCCUCGUGUGUCGUGGGCGGUUCUGGCACAGCAGCUGCCGCACAGCUUUUGCGCGGUCGAUAUUGUCUUGUGCUUGAGCAGUAUCGUCGGCAAGACGCACGCGUCGACGGCGCGACGGGUGCCAUUGCAGUGUCUCUGCGACUGCAUCGACGCACUCGGGUACAGCGUCGCCAACAACGGCUUGGCCCAGCGACUGCUGCUGAGCGUCCUGCUGCGCUUCAUUGAAGAGAGUCCCGCCGUACCGAUGGUGCUCAAGGCAACCGUCGAGCGCUGCUUGCAGUCGGACCCGGACGUACUGGGCGGCAACCUCAACCUCCUCGUGCAAAGCGUCGUGCCGCUGUACGCGCGGUGGGAGCCGGCGACCAAGUCGCUUCUCGACGGCUGCCUCGUCGCGGUUGCCCAGCACCCGAAGCUGCACAAGCACAUUGUCGCUUUGGAUCCCAUUCCGCUCCACGUGUCGCCGUCACUCGACCAGCUCGCGGCCACGUGCAACGCGUCAACGCAGCUCGACGAGUCGCUCGUCGCCAAGCUGCAGCGCAGUCCGUUGGACGCCGUGCCGUUCUCGAGCUUUGGACUCCAGGCGCUCGAUGGGAUCAUGCCGGCGUUUGCCAACGAGAAGCCGUCGACGAUCGCGGCCGUCGUGUACGGCCUACUGAAUCAAGCGUACCAGCGCGCACCGGCGUCGAUGCCGUUGGUACCAGCGAGCGACGACACGGAAGUUCUGCCGAUGUGGAGUCAACCGUCGCAGCCGACGCUCUUGAAGCGGGCGAGCAGUACAAGCAGUAGUAGCUACAUGGCACCGAGUCGAGACGCGCCACCGGUGCUCUUGCAACUGGCAACGUGCUUGGGGCACCUCGGUGCUGUCUUUCCGUCGGCCGCGCUGCACCUCGAUGCGUCGGCGCUCAAUGCCAUGUACCUGCAUGUGUACCAUCGGCCGUGCCUCGCGCAGCUGCAAUCGUACAAGGACAGCGUCCUCGAAGUGCGUGCCAAGGUCCUCGAGUACGUCGUCGGCCAGCUCUUUGAGCACGAGAUCCACGUCGUCGCGACGGCGACAACCACACUGCGGACGUUGCUCGGACUGCCGGUGGUGCAUACAACGCUCCUGUCGACGCGGUCGUUGUCGUCGAGCCUCAAGGUGUUUCUGAGCCUUGUUGAGCCGAUAAGCUCGCCAACAGAUCCCCUCCGUGCCUCAAGUAGUGUGUGGCCCGCCGUGGCCGAGACCAGUAUCGACACAUGGGCUGCCCAGUGCUCGCUGCACCUCAUCUCGCUCUGUGACGACCCCCUGCUGCACGCAUGCGUCGACUUGGUGACGGUACAGCCGGCGUUUGGUGUCUGUCUCUUGCCAUUGGCGCUCCACGCGGUCAUUAUGGAGAGCCGCGCGCUUCCGUCCGUCUCAAGCGACCUCGCGGCGCUCUUGGCGACAGACCUACUAUCGCCAGGCCACGGCCAACUGCUCGUCCACAGUAUUCAGUACGCGUCGCACUUGGCGAAAUCGAGCGCACGGUCGCACGCGGCCAAGUUGCUGCACUUGCCGUGGCUGGACGUUGCGCGGGUCGCGUUGGCGAGCGAGCUCCCAUACUCGGCGUUGCAGUUUGUGGAGAAGCACGUGGAUGCCAAGCAUCGACGCCUGUUCGCUGCCAUGGACGACGACCUCGUGCCGAUCUUGCGGGCCAUUUACGACGCGAUCGGGGACCUCGAUGGCAUGGACGGCGUGCUCGACAUGCCCGACCUCGUGGCCAUGCCAAGCAGCUACGCGAUGGAGCGCAAGGUCCGGGGCAGUCUGCCUUUGUAUGACGCGGCGCUGCGGCUGGACCCGCACUCGGCGACGCUCCAAGCCGGGCUCGCCACGUCGCUCGAGACGCUUGGAUACGCGCAUUUGUUGCAGUCGGUGCUCUCGGCGACAAAGGCGCCGUCGCCGUACACGUACGAGCUCGCAUGGAAGUCGAUGCAGUGGGAUCUCAAGGCCGACACGUCGAGCUUUGAGGGAUGUGUCUACGGCUGUCUGCGCAGCUUGGCCAUGCAGGACCAUGCCCACGUCGACCUGCUCCUCGGACAAGCCAAGACGUCGCUGUUGCAGUCGCAGCAGGUGGCGUUCACGGGCCUCGAGUCGACCAAGCGCCUUCAGACGUCGCUGCUCCAGCUCGAGACCCUGAGCAAACUCGAAGCGGUGCUAACCGUUCAGCGUCAGAGCGCCCAUGAACAAAUGCUUGGCGCAAUGCAGCUGCAGACGACGCAGCAUGCGCUGCUUGGGUCCUGGAACCAGCGCCACAGCGUGUACGAGGACGAUGCGGACGCGCUCCUCCGCGCGCUCGAGCUUGAAAGCACGCUGCUGUCGCUUCUCGACUGGCCGACGCCGGCGUGGCACCUCAAGCGAGCCAAAGCCGCGCGGAAGGCCGAUCGCCCGGCGACCGCCUUUGCCGCGUUGGCACACCUGGAAUCGAUGACGGUGACGCGCUCGGUGCAGUCGACGUUGCUGCUGGAGAAGGCGCGGACGUUCUACGCUGCCGGGGACGCUGCUCGUGCGCUGCUCAUCGCCAAGCACGUGCACAAGGCGCUGGUCACUGCGCCAUCGUCCGAGCCGCUGCUGCUGGCGCAGACGCAGCUCACGAUUGGCAAGUGGCUGGCCCGCUACAUGAAGCACAUUGUUCCCCUCCGCAAGCAGGUCGAGUACGACAAGAAAGAGCGAGCGAUGGUCGAAAACUCGGUGCUCAUGUUCCUUACGGGCGCGCUGCGUAACUAUGGUCUUUGCCUCCGGUACGCGCCGGUGGCCGACAUGACACCCGUCUUCCGCAUCGUAUCGCUCUGGUUUGAACACGGUGCGGUGGCGGCCGUGACCGAGGAGAUGGCGACGAUCGUCGAGACGGUCCCGUCGUACAAGCUCUUGCCGCUCUCGUACCAGAUUCUGUCGCGCCUCGCGUCCAGCGUCGCACUGCCCCACUUCCAUACCGUUCUCGAAGCGCUCGCCCUCAAGAUGGGCGUCGACCACCCGCACCACACGAUCGUGCAGCUCUUGGCGCUCAAGAACACGGGCAAGCAAGGCAGCGUCCAGUUCCGCGACAACGUCGGGUCGGGCAAGCCCGAAGCCGCCGCGCGGAUCCUCGCCCAAGUGCAAAAGCACAGCAGCACGAGCGCUGAGCUCGUCCAGAACAUGGAGGUGCUCUGCGACGCGUACGUCAAGCUCGCGCUCUAUGACACGACCGAGUUUGCGCGCAAAGGCGUCAAGAAGAUUCCGUGCGCCAACGUGGUCAUCGGCCCGCACAACGUGGCGUUUGACCAGUGCCUGCGCCUGCGCCGGCUCAACCAAGACACGCAGGCGCGGCCGGCGGUGCUCACGCUCUCGAUCGCCCCGCGGUCCGACCGCGACUACACCAAUGUGCCCCGGGUGCAGUCGUUUGAGGGGACGUUUACCAUCACGGAUACAGGGAUCCACCGGCCCAAGAUUCUCUACUGCUUUGGCUCGGACGGCCUUCGACGCAAGCAGCUCGUCAAGGGCAACGACGACACGCGCCAGGAUCUCGUGAUUGAACAGACGUUCGAGAUGGUCAAUACGUUCUUGGCCGAGCAGUCGGCGACCAAGCAGCGCCAACUGCACAUCAAGACGUACAAGGUGACGCCGCUUGGACCGAUCGCGGGUGUCCUCGAGUGGGUCGAGAAUACGCUUCCGAUUGGCAACUACCUCACAAGCCGGGGCAUGGACGCCCAUGGGCGGUACCACCCGAGUGAGUGGAAGCACCCGAACUGCCGCCAGCACCUCAUGCGCGCGACCGACAAGUACCAAGCCUUUCUGGAGAUCCAAGCGCACUUUACGCCUGUCUUUCAUCACUUUUUCCUCGAGAAAUUUCCCGAUCCGGCCAACUGGUAUGCCAAGCGCGUCGCGUACACGCGCAGCGUCGCCGUCACGUCGAUCGUGGGGCACAUUUUGGGCAUCGGCGACCGGCACUCGUCCAACAUUCUCAUCGACGAAGUGACGGGUGACUUGGUCCACAUCGAUUUUGGCGUCGUCUUUGACCAAGGGAUGGCGCUGCAGACGCCAGAGACGGUGCCGUUCCGGCUGACGCGGGACCUUGUCGACGGCAUGGGCGUCACGGGUGUCGACGGGCUUUUUAUGCGGACGUGCGAAGAGACGCUCAAGGUCUUGCGCAAGAAGGGCGCGGCGUUGACGACAAUCCUGGAGGUGUUUAUCCACGACCCUCUCUACAACUGGACGCUCUCGCCGGUCAAGGCACUCAAGAUGCAGCAAGAAAGUCAGCUCUUGCUGCACAAGAAGAGCGACGACGUCAUGCCCGAAGAGAACGUCGCCGACGCUGCAUCCCGCGCGCUCCUCCGCGUCAAGCAAAAGCUGCAAGGGUACGAGGACCCGACCGGCGAUGCGAUGAGCGUCGAAGGCCAAGUCAAGCGCCUCGUGCACAUGGCCCAGGACCCGCACAACCUCUGCAAGCUGUACCCGGGCUGGGCCCCGUGGCUCUAA